CAGCAGUGUUGGCUCGGAUGCAGGUCCCCUACUGGACGCUGCGGGGCGCCCUUCUGCCGGCUGUCUGCUCGCUAAGCGCCGCCCCGCUCCCUCCUCCCUCUGUUUGCCUGCUGACUCCAGGCUCAGUGAAGACGCCCUUAGCAACAACAUACAGCCGCGUCGAAUAAGAUACUCGCAGCACACAAGAGGGAUUUAACAGUGCAGCUUUCUGCACUGACUCCAGGUGAAGCCUUUGUGCUAAGGGGAUCCCCGGUUGGUUCCGCGACCAGCAUGGGGCUUGAGUCCAGUUAGCGAGCUAGCCGGCGUUGGCUAGGCAUCCCAGAAGACGAGUGAAGCAGCCCCGAGCUGUCCCGAAGGAGGACACGUCCUGGGGGUUUCGACGAGUGGUAGCAUCGCUGUUUUGCUAACCAGGAAUAAGCACGGGAAUGGUGCUCUGGACCGACUCAUUGUACCGUCAGAGAAAGGCGAGGGGCACCCGGGUCAGACCACCAAGCUGCGGCAUUUGGACUCAAACUAUUUUUAACAGAGGGAGCGGCUCUCCGGCGGACGACUGUUUUUGUGGCUGUGCGAGCUAGCUGGCUAGCUAGCGGAGGGAGACGACCCCCACUGCCUGUUCAGGUUUUUCAAACUGCAGCCAGGGCUAAUGUUAGCCACGGCGACACACUGAAUACACAACUCUGGGAUUUCAAUUAAACGAGGAUAAAUUAUUGUCAUAGCCAAAACAAAAGUAACAAAUCCAGAGGAGAAAAAAAACUUGAGUUAGUUCAGUCGAAACUCCAGAGUGUUUGGACUCCGCUCACUAGCAAACAAAGUUUUAAAUGCUAGUAGCUCAGUGUGCUACCUGAUACCAGUUUGAUAUUUUGUUUUUCCACUUUUUUACUCGGGAUUUUUUCCACUUCGGAUGCUGGCAUCACAUAUUAAUUGCAAUCAUGAUGAUUAUAAGCCGAAAACCAGAGGGCCCAAUAGCAACAGCACGACAUGGUGAUGGUCUGUAUGACUCGUACAUGAGGACAGACCACAUUCUUAAAGACGACGCAGAUACAAACAGUCCGUCUGGGCUGCCCCCAGUGCCCAAACACACAGUUGUCAGUAACAAAGCUGUAAUGAGGGAUCAGGUGACUAUGCGAGGCGGCCAGCUGAAGGUCAAGUAUCUGUAUGAAGACUCAACCAACAACCGAAAGAUCAACGCCAUAACCACAGCAUCCACUCAGAAUAGUGGGACCACUGGCCAGACGCCCAGUAAAUCUGCCCCAGUCUCCAGCAUGUCCAAGGAGCAUAGUGUUGAAAGCACUGAAUCCAGCAAGGGCUCCAGUGAAUCCUCCGGCCCACAUGGAGCUGGGAAUGGUGGAAACAGCGGCAAGCUCUGCGGCCCACUCACUUCUGACCAGGCCCUGAGGCUCUACCGAUCUCAGCUUACAACCCUGGAGCAGACGGAGAUUCACUCCUACCCAGACAUCUACUUUGUGGGGCCCAAUGCCAAGAAGAGGCCUGCCAUUGCUGGAGGUGUAAACAACUGUGGCUACGAUGAUGAGCAGGGUGGUUACGUUCAUGUCCCCCAUGACCACCUCGCUUACCGCUACGAGUUCCUCAAGAUUAUUGGUAAGGGUAGCUUUGGCCAGGUGGCUAAGGUAUAUGACCACAAACUGCAGCAACACCUGGCUCUGAAAAUGGUGCGUAACGAGAAGCGAUUCCACCGGCAGGCGCAGGAGGAAAUCCGCAUCCUGGAGCACCUCCGGAAGCAAGAUCGCAACGGCACCAUGAAUGUCGUGCACAUGCUCGAAAACUUCACCUUCCGCAACCACAUCUGUAUGACCUUUGAGCUGCUGAGCAUGAACUUGUAUGAGCUUAUCAAACGCAACAAGUUCCAGGGCUUCAGUCUGCCUCUGGUCAGGAAGUUUGCACACUCCAUCCUGCAGUGCCUGGAGGCCCUUAGCAGACACAGAAUCAUCCACUGUGACCUCAAGCCAGAGAACAUCCUGCUCAAACAGCAGGGGCGCAGCGGGAUCAAGGUGAUUGACUUUGGCUCCAGUUGUUUUGAACACCAGCGGGUGUACACUUACAUCCAGUCUCGUUUCUAUCGAGCUCCAGAGGUGAUUCUUGGUUCACGAUACGGCCUUCCUAUCGACAUGUGGAGCUUCGGCUGCAUACUGGCCGAGCUGCUGACUGGGUACCCCUUGUUCCCCGGGGAAGAUGAGGGGGACCAACUGGCUUGUGUCAUGGAGCUGCUGGGCAUGCCUCCGCAGAAGGUCUUGGAGCAAGCCAAAAGAGCAAAGAACUUCAUCAACUCCAAGGGUCACCCUCGCUACUGUGGAGCCAACACCCUGCCCACCGGGGCCACCGUGCUGACGGGGUCUCGCUCUCGCCGAGGCAAGAUGAGAGGCCCUCCAGGUAGCAAGGAGUGGAGUGCUGCACUUAAGGGCUGCGAAGACCCCACCUUUACUGACUUCAUAAAGAAGUGUUUGGACUGGGACCCCUCAUCUCGCCUCACCCCUAGCCAGGCUCUCAGACAUCCUUGGCUGUAUCGCAGGCUUCCCAAACCCCUGCCUGGGACCGAGAAGAGCCAAGGGGCUCCUGUGAAACGACUCCCAGAGCACCACAGCACCUCCUUUCCCUCUAUCUUGGCCAAAGGGGGGCCAGGCUUAGGCACCACAGCUGCCAACAACAAACUGAGGAGCAACAUGAUGGGAGAUUCAGGGGAGGCCAUACCUCUUCGCACGGUCCUACCCAAACUUGUCUCCUAGAGAGAGAGUCCUUUAAUCUCCUCUCUUGCUCCACUUUCUCCUUUUCUGCACUCCUCAGGAGGAGUCAGAGUUCAGGAAAAAGUAGAGCCUAGGUUUUAAAACUUGUUUGGUUGUUCUUUUAUUUGUUUUCUACUGAGAGGUGUCGACACCCCAGUUCCUGGUUUUUAUUAUGAGCUGAACAGAGAGGAAGAGGUAAUAAAAGAAACACUCUAAAUACAGUUUUAUACAGAUUAUCUCCUAGCGGCUGUGGAUUUUCUUUAUACAGCUGGUUGAUAUGGUUUGAUUUAGAUGAUGCUUUUUAAAAACUUCCUUGUGUGAGUGGACAGCUUCAUUAAGAAGAAAAUGUUUUUAACCUGUGUGUGAUCUCACAUGAGUGUUGGGUUUUAGUAAAACACACUCAAACACACCUGCACUGUCACUUGCCUCACUUCACACUCUUAACACCUGUAGGACGCCACCCUUUCUGGGGAAGUGUUUGUAUGAGUGAAACUUGAAAAGGGCUACAGAGAUUACUCUUAUCAGGUUAGAGUUAGAAUGACAAGAUUUGUGCAGCCGACAUAAUUUAAUAGAAUAAAAACUCGGGCUCGAGUAUUUGGGUCUUUCAAACACUGACACAGUCAUCCCUCAUAUCUACAACAGAAUGCCUUUUUACAGGUAAUACAGGACUGGCUUUAUUGUAGUGAAUAAUUAGGAAAACAUUUCUAGCAAUAAGCCUUCACUUCCUCAGUUUUUCUUAGUGCGCUCUUUUUCCCCUGCCUCUCCUGAUACCUGGUGCUCGCAUGUCAGCUCAAUAUGUGAUGUUAGUAUGUGUGUACUUUAGCUUCGUGGUGCUACUGCGGGAGACAUCAAGAGGGCACGGGACAACCUAUUUACAGCCCCUCCUCCCCCCCUCCUGGUUUCACCAUACGAGUGAAAAAAGAGGGAGAAGGGAGGACAGUAGCACCACUCAAACUCUGUCAGAAAGGUGUCACCGUCACACACGGUACUUCACAACUGGUUUGCGAGAGACUAUGCCAGACCGGCUCACAUAAGCCGACAUAUAUAUAUGUCACAGGCCAAAUUAGAAUCCAGGCAGAUUUUAAAUCCGCCUAGGCGGAAUUAGAAUUUUGAUUUCGCCAAGGCGAAUCUGUUGUACAGAUUUAAAUCUUGAUAUAUCAAUAGCCUGUAUAUUAGAAAGAAUAACCCUAACCCUCUAACAGGAUUUUGGUAUACAGUAUAUGAAAAAAAAAAACAGAAACUAAAUUGACAACAUAAUUUUUUCCCUGUUUAUUUUGCCAAGUGUUGAAGACAAAAGUUGACAUUACUUCUAAAGUAAUUAUUUACCUUGUAUCUAAAACCAAAUUUCAAGGUAUAUAAUGUUAGGGGAAACAAGUAAUUACAUUAACAGAGCUUAUCAUAUUCAAACCCCUUCAAAUUUCAAUCUAGCCUUGGCGAAAUCAAGAUUCUAAUUCCGCCUAGGUGGAUUUAAAAUCUGCCUGGAUUCUAAUUUGGCCUGUAACAUAUGUAUGUGUAUAUAUAUAUAUAUUAUACAUAGAGAGAGAGAUAAAGUGGAGAGCUGCAAGUCAUUGCACAUAAACACCAGUGGGGUGAUUGUCAGGAAAGUUGUUGUCGGAAAGUUAAAGUUUGGAUGAGCGUCACCUGCCUUUGCCUGUAAUUGGCUACUGUGAUUGCUGGCAGUGAUAAUUCUAAUGAAAGAAGAGUGAAAGGCCGGAAAGAUUAUGGGAUAAUAUGAAGGACAGUAAGUUUAACAUGAGCCAAAAUCUUUUUUCCUUUUUUUCCCCUUUUGGGGAGGUGUAGAAGAUGGGCCAGUGACAAAGGGGAGUUUUUUUAUGGUACUGAAGAGAGAAAUGUUUCUCAGGGAGACAUACUUGACACAUCCCUUAAUCUUACAUUUACUGUGUUCCACUGACAGUCAUUUGUCCCAUCUAUGGAUGAACAUGCAUGCGGUUCUGUCCACUGAAAGCGAGAGAUUGCAUUUACGAGUGUGUCUGCACAGGGGGUCUGCAUGCUCCACAGUCUGACCUAGAUUCUCUCUCCUCCCCCACUAUCUCUCUUUUUUUCUCACCCUGUCUCAUGUAGGCCAGGGAACCUCUUAAACCCACACAUAUAUAGUGAAUUAUGGUGCUGUCCGAAAAACACACACACAGAAACACGUCAGGUGCAUGUUGGUAUGGACCACACCGCUCGAAGAGUUCUUCCUCUUGUCCCUCAUUUUCUAAAUGAAACUGUCAGGGAUUUGUACUCUGUCUCCAUUUUUAUAGAAGCGGUUUCUAUUGCUUUUCACUCCAGAAUAUCAGAGGAUGUAAAAUGCAAAAGCAGAAUAAGAGGAAGUCGUAUACUGUCAUGUUGUACUAGUGGUGUGAGUUAGUAGGAGGGUGUUUGUUCAGCAUGAAAUCACAGCCUGUUAUCAGACCGAGUGACUACGAGAAGAGAAACUGUACAGUAACCAAAUGAUGUUGUGAUAGUUUCUUUUUCUAAAAAAAAAUAAAAAUGACUAUCAAGUGAAA